AUGUCUUCCACGCCGCAAGCACCCCCUCAUCCCCGAGACUGGGAGGUUGGAGUGGACGAAUACCUCACACAAAACGGAAUCUCCUAUGAAACGGCAGUACCUCUCAACACUGGCACAUCAUGCUACAUCUGGCGACUCGAAGGACUGGUCGACGCGGAGGCCUCAGCCAAUGGUCAUCAGAUAGACCAGCCAGUCAUAAUGAAGUGCGCCGACAGCACCCCCAAAUACCGGAACUUUCCAGUUUCACCGGAACGACUUCAGUUUGAAGUCAAAGCUCUGAGAUCCAAAGCAGUGGAAGAAGCUUGCCAUCAGGAGCCAUCAGUCCAAGUCCCGCGCGUGCUUCGAGAAACGAAGAACGGGUUCAUCAUGAGCAAUGUCGGUGAGACUGAUCUGAGGACGGCCUACAAGACGUACGAAGAUCUGGACGCGCCGGGAAUUGGUGCGCGUUUGGGUCGAUGGCUGGGGAGCCUGCAUGUUGCCGGUAUUGAUCUCGGCCCCGACGGAUGGAGCUCCCACCAUAAUGAACUGGACAAGUUCUACGUACAUGGCGGUCUGGCGGAAAAGGCCAUCAAAGACGCUAUGAACGACGAAGAGUCGGAAAAGGUGCUUGCAGCAAUGCGCGCACCCGCUCCUAUUCACACGCUGACGCCUUGGGACUUUCGACCUAUGAACAUUGUGGUACAUGUUCCCGAGGACAAGGGGGUGGCCUCGGACCUUGCGGUGGUGGACUGGGAGUUAUGUCACUACGGUGAUCCUUCCAACGAUGGGUCUACUCUCGUCGUUUCUAUCGGCAUAUAA